UGUGUAGUCGCGGGAGUUUGUUUUGCGGGCUUUUGUUGUGGUUUGUUUUAUUCAGUGGUGUUGCGUGCUCGUCGUGUGCUCGUGUUUUGGACCGCCCAACUCGGCAAAGCCGCGCUAUGGCUCCUUCACUGCGCAGCUCAGCGAAGGUUCCCAGACGGGCAGCCCAACUUGCGACUGCCAGGAUAGAGCAGCCAAGCAUUGCACACAGCUCCCCAAGGAGGCGCUCCCAUCUGCAGAGCAGCAGAGAUUCUUCCAGACAGAGAGUCGCAUCUCAAUCUUCAACCCCACAACGUCAGCAGAAGGUGUCAAGACCCAUCGGCAUUGCUUGUGCUCAGAGGAUCCCCAAGGUGACGGGGGACAGUCAUCUUAAAGACACUGGUGACAAUGUUUGUGACCUGGCCCAUAGCAGCACGAAGAAGGCACAGUCGCAAAAAAAGCUGCCUGAGAGGGUGUCGGGAGAACCUGCGCCCGCAUCGAACGCUGCAAACCACGACGAAGAUGCCAACACUCCCACCAAGAAGGCCAAGUUGCAGCAAUCACCUGGGAAGACAUCAGAGAAACCCGACAGUCGUCUUAAGGAGACUGGUGACAACGUUCGUGACCUGGCCCGUAGCAGCACAAAGAAGGCAAAGUCUCGAAAAUUGUCACCUAAUAGGGUGUUAGGAGAACCUGUGCCCGAAUUGAACACUGCAAACCGCAACGAAGUUGCAGACACGGCCAACGAGAAGGCCAGGUUGCAGCAGUCACCUGGGAAGGCGUCACAGAAACCCGACAAUCGUCCUAAAGACACUGGUAACAAUGUUCAUGACCUGGCCCAUAGCAGCACGAAGGAGGCAAAGUCGCAAAGAUCGCCACCUAACAGGAUGUCAGGAAAAUCUGCGCCCGAAUCAAACACUGCAAAAAACCGCGACGAAGUUGGCGACACGGCCAAUGAGAAGGCCAGGUUGCAGCAAUCACCUGGCAAGGUGUCACAAAAUCGUGACAGUCAUCUUAAGGACACUGGUGACGAUGUUCGUGACCUAGCCCAUGGCAGCACUGAAGAAGAUGCAGUUGCAAACAUCGCUACCAAAGAGGGUGUCUGGAAAACCUGCGGCCGAGUCGAAUGCUGCAAACUGCGACGAAGUUGGCGACACGGCCAGUGAGAAAGCUAGGCUGCAGCAAUCACCCGGGAAGGCGUCCCAGAAACCCAUGCUUAGGUCAAGCACUGGUGAAGCUGGUGAAGUUGACAGUCCGGCCCACACGAGUAAGGUAGGGUUGCGGAAGAUACCUGAUAGAGUGCUACAAAAAUCAGUGACUAAGGUGAACGCUAAAAGCUCUCACAACAAUGAUGCAGCCUGUCGCAAGAAAGUGAACUUGCAGAACUCACCUGGGAAAGUACCACAGAAACCUGUGCUUAAAUCGGCUGCUGAAAAGUCUAAUAUCAAUGAUGCAGCCUGCAGCAAGAAGGCAGAGUUGCAUAAAUCACUCACUAGGGUGCUACGAGAACCUGUGCUCAAGUUAGAGCCUGAAGACUCGAACGAUCCUGACGAUCCAGCAUGCAACUUAAGGGACACGAUCCAUACAUCGUAUUUUACUGCACUACGAGCACCUGUGCUGAAUGUAGAGGCUGAAGACUUGGAUAACUCACCCCAAAGCAAGAAGGCAAGGUUACUGAGAUCAGCUGAUAAGGUGCCACAGAAACUCGAGUCGGAUACGGAAGACUCGACCGACAUUGAUGACCCUGCUCACGGGAAGGCGAAGUUGCGCAAAUCGUCCCCUGGGAUUCCGUGGGAUCGUGUCCUUGAGUCAGACACUGACGACUCUGACGACUUUGACGACCCUACGUGGGGCAAGAAGACGAAAUGGGUGAGAUCGCCCGACAGGGUGCCAAGAAAAGCCACGCUCGGGUCAAAUGCCGAAUCUAGUCAAAGCGUACAGUCGAGACAUUUUCAGGAGGAGAAACGUAGAGGAUCUAACAGAUUUGCAGGAAAGGUUGGGAGAGAUGGCAUUUCUGUGAAACGGGAACGUAGUGAAGAAGAAGAGAAUACACAAACUGUAAAAGGUUGCGAGGAAGCACUCAGUCCAGUCACUGGCAGCUCGGACACCACCCAGCAAACAGAGAGGCAAGCUGAAGAACCUCACUAUGAAACAAGGACCCUGGCACCACCAUUUAGAAAACCCGAUUCCAAGAUGAGGAACACUGCGUACAAGUGCUCUGUGAGGGGAUGCCCGCACGCCAACGAAGAGAGCCCUGUUGGCCUCUGGCUCUUUCCACUUCCCGAUGAAAUGGACGAAGCGUUACUUCGCUCUGAGUGGCUGCGACACGUGCCCAUCGACGACACUAUCAACACGCCGCUAAGUCCACGCGUGUGCUUUAAGCACUUUGACGCAAGGAAGCACUUCGUGUCAUUGAAGCAUCGCAUUUUAGGACUCAAGUUAGACGCUGUCCCGACCAAAUUGCUACAACCUUUGAAAAUCCCGAGAAAAGGCAAGCUCAGCAAUGCAUUCCGUCGUUUGCCCAAACUCACUCAGUGCGCUUCAGGCACUAACCUUGGGCAGGUCAGCACAUCCACAAUUGGUGUGGGACAGAUGCCUCAGUCCAUGACAGCUCCCAGAGAAGUGCAAAAAUUGCAGUCCACCACUUGUGCCACCAUGAUGCAGGAGCCACAAUCUACUGCUUCUGCUGACAUUUUAGAAGAAGCUCGAUCCGUAACAGCUGGAACAGCACAGGAAUCACAGCCCCCAACUACUCCAGUCAUGGUGCAGGAGUCGAAGUUCGUGACUUCUGCCGAUUUCGAUGUGGAGCCUCAUUCAGUAACAGCUUCUGGAGCAGCACACAAAUCGCAGUCAACGACUGCCACUUCACCUACUGCUACAGUGCAGCAGUCACAGUCUAUGAUUUUUGCCGAUGUCUGUUCAGAGUCUCAGUCUGUGGAAACUGAUGGGGAACCACAAAAAUCACAGUCUAUAACUUCAGCUGUUGUUGCAGCAGAAACUCAGUCCAUGACAGCUGCCGGAGUAGCACAGGAAUCGGAGUCCAUAACUUCUGCGGAUGACAGUUUGGCGUCUCAGCCUAUGGAAACUGAAGAAGCACGGAAAUCACAGUCCACUACUACUGCCACCAAUAUGCAGGAACCACAUUCUAUGACUUUAACGGAUGUUGCAGCAGAAACUCAGUCCAUGAAGGCUGUUGAUGUAGCACAGGAAUUGCAUCCCACAGCUACUGUGGUGCAGGAGUCGCAGUCCAUAACAUCUGCGGAUAGUCAGUUCAGAGUCUCAGCCUGUGGAAACUGA